CGCCCUUCAAAGUUUUAUAGCAAACACUCACCCACUAAGUGAAGUUUGGUUUGUUUGGCGUCGCGAUGCGAUUCGUUGAAACGGAGAGCGAUGCGGAAGAAUCUAUGCGAAAGAGACUCCGUAGUAAUUCCUUUCACUCCGCCGAUUAUCCCUCUCGCAACAAGUUUGAACAAUAUGCUGGACGGACCUAUGCACCCAUGGGGGAAAUGAAUUUUAUGCAGCAGCAAGAUGAUGAUAGUCGCUUGGAUAUUACACGAGCCAAAUUUGGAAGUUUGCUUAAAAGACAUGAAAAUUUGGCUGACCGUCUUUCUAGAGAUUCUGACAAGGUAAUAUUUGAGCGUCUAAUCAAAGAGUUUGAAGCUGCACGAGCUUCUCAAACUCAAGAGAUAUAUUUAGAUGGGGAACAGUGGAAUGAUGGCCUACUUGCUACAGUAAGAGAGCAGGUGCAUAUGGAGGCAGAGAGAAAAGCAUUGUCUGGAGAUGCUGACGUAUUAACAGGUCAUCAAGAAAAAGUUACAUACAAAACUGGAAACAAGAUAAUUUGCUGUUUGGAAGGAGCAAGAAUUGGCAUACAGUAUGAGACAUCUUUUGCUGGUGAAAUCUGUGAGUUUUACCACUGCGUGCUGGAGAGCAAGUCAUUUCUUGAAAAGAUGACUGUCCUUGAGCACACAGUUCCAUUUUUCUUGCCAAUACGUGAAACAGAAAAUGAUCUUCUUUCAUCCAAUGCAAUGAAAUUCAUAGAUCAUGUUGGAGAUCUAUUGCAAGCAUACGUGGAUAGACGGGAACAGGUUAGACUUAUAAAGGAACUUUAUGGAAAUCAAAUUGGAGAGCUGUAUCAUAGCCUUCCUUAUCACAUGAUCGAGUUUGUAUUAGAUGAUUUUGACUGCAAAGUGACAGUCAGCCUUCGAUACACAGAUCUCAUUUCGGUGCUUCCAACUCGAAUCUCAGUGCUAGCCUGGCCAAUGUUGAAGAUAAAUUCUACUCCAAUUUUCAACAUGAUGGAAGAUGGAAUCUCAGGAAGUCAUCCUGCUCCAGUUCGACUAUCCUAUGCUGAAGAUGCCUUACGAACCAUGAGUCUACCAGAAGCAUAUGCAGAGAUUGUGUUGAAUCUUCCACAAGCUCUUCAGCAGAUAUAUCAUUAAACAACCUAGAGCUUCGCCCUUUCUGCAGUCUUGGAUUCUCUUGUAAAAAGUUUCUUAAGUAGAAUGUUAUUAAAUAUUAGAAAAUAUCAUUCCAGAAGUUAUAUAGUACCUAGCGAAAUUGGUUAUAUAGGUUGAGGAUUCAUUUGAUGUACUAUGUCAUACACCAACAUAUAUUGCUCCCUCGUUAUUCCUUCAAUAUCCUCUCUGGUGGUGUCUUGUACCAUUUGUACAACAGGGAUACGUUGACAUUUAUUGACUAUUGAGACUUAUAAUUCAUCUCUUCUCCACAAUUCUAUAUA